GAAGAGAGCGAGAGAGAAUUGCUGGCUCUAUCAGAUUCACACACAGAAGCUUUGAAAUAGCCGCAGUUAUUUUCAGUGCUCAAUCUAACUAAACCUAAUGCCAUUGACAAGGCUGAAGACUGAUGUUAUCAUAGCAUAUUGUACAGCCUAGUAGCCUAUAGCAGACGGUUGUUCUUCAAGGCAGUCUGCAUUUAAUUACCUAUAACGAAUGAACGCAGCGGGAAGGUCAGGAAUAGCCUACAUUGCAACUCACCGCAGCGCGGGCUGGAACGCAGACUGCACCAUGAGUUCCAGUUCACUAGCAGAAGACUGAUCUAAGAUCAGAAUCUAAAGCCAAAUUCAUCAUACAGCGGUAGAGCUCUCCCGUAGGCACAGAUCUAGGAUCAGUUCACCCUCCCCACUAUUCAGACUUUCACCAUUAGGGGGUAAAAUGCUAAACUGAUCUUAUAUCAGCGUAUAGGGCAAACUUCAUCCCAAUCCCCAGCAGCCAUGGCAGGGUUCAAGAGGGGUCACGAUGGGAAGAUAGCCGGGCUCUACGACCUGGACAAGACGUUGGGACGAGGACACUUUGCCGUGGUCAAACUAGCACGCCACGUCUUCACGGGAGAAAAGGUAGCCGUGAAGGUGAUCGAUAAGUCCAGACUGGACCCAGUGGCCAGAGCUCACCUGUUCCAGGAGGUCAGGUGUAUGAAGCUGGUGCAACACCCCAACGUGGUGCGUCUGUAUGAGGUCAUCGACACGCAGACCAAGCUCUACCUAAUCCUGGAGCUGGGUGAUGGAGGGGACAUGUACGACUGCAUCAUGAAGCACGACGGAGGACUCACAGAGGAGGUGGCGAAGCGUUACUUUGCCCAGAUCGUCCAUGCCAUCUCCUACUGCCACCAGCUCCACGUGGUGCACCGUGACCUGAAGCCAGAGAACGUGGUGUUCUUUGAGAAGCAGGGCCUGGUCAAGCUCACUGACUUUGGCUUCAGCAACAAGUUCCAGCCAGGGGAGAACCUGGCCACAUCCUGUGGCUCUCUGGCCUACUCUGCUCCAGAGAUACUGCUGGGAGAUGAAUAUGACGCGCCUGCUGUGGAUAUCUGGAGUCUGGGGGUGAUUCUGUUCAUGUUGGUGUGUGGCCAUCCACCCUUUCAGGAGGCCAAUGACAGUGAGACCCUCACCAUGAUCAUGGACUGUAAAUACACAGUACCAUCACACAUCUCCUCAGCCUGCAGAGAUCUGAUUGACUGUAUGCUGCAGAGAGACCCUAAGAGGCGGGCCACUGUGGAGCUGAUCCAGGGCCAUGAUUGGCUGCAGGGAGUUGAUCCCUCCCCUGCCACCAAGCUGACCACGCCCCUGGUGUCAUACAGGAGCCUAUCAGAGGAGGAGCACAGCAGUAUCAUUCAACGAAUGGCACUAGGUGGCAUUGCAGACAGGGACACCGUCACAGAAGCCUUGGAGUCUGACCAGUAUAACCACAUCACAGCUACAUAUUUCCUGCUAGCAGAGAGGAUACUGAGGGAGAAACAGGAGAGAGAGCAGAACAACCACACAUGGUCCAGCCCCAGCCACAAGGCCCAGUUCAGGCAGUCUUGGCCUACCAGAGUGGACGUGCACCAGGACAUGGGGGACGGUUUGGGUGGUACCCCCAUCUCCCACCCAGGGGGCCCCCAGUCCCCCGCCCGCAGUGCUGAGAGCCUGGUCCACCACGGACCCCGACCCAAAACAUCCCUACUGGAACUCAACCACAGACGGUUGGACAAUAACACACACCCCACACACACUCUGACCCUCCAGGCUGAUGACACACACACUACACACAAAGCACUCCCUUCAACACUCCCUCCUGUCGGUUCAUCCAGAGAGCACCAGGACAGGGGCCUCCGGCCUCCAGUCAAGCCCCACUCCAUCCCCCUCAGGCUAGGCUCCCUGGCCUCGCCCACCCCCUCUAAACCAGGGAGCCCCAGCCUCUUCAGCCUAGAUGAGGAGGAGGAAGAUGAGGAGGAAGAAGAGGAGGAUUCGUCUCCCUCGGUUCUCCCUUCUCAGGUGGUUCUCCGGCAUAACGUUGCCUCAUCUUCAUCAUCCUCUUCCUCCCCUUCCUCUGUCUCUAACCGACUGACUUCUCGUAAGAGCGCACCUGUCCUCAACCAGAUACACGAGGAGGAAGGAGAUGAGGAAGAGGAGGUGGAGGAAGAAGAGGAGGAGGAGAAAGUAGAGAAGGAUGACAAGGAGAAGAAGGAAGGAAAGAUAGAAGGAAAGAAGUGUGGGUUCAAGCCAGAACAAGCUUUCCUCAGCCUCCAUACUGGGUUGUUGACGUUGUCAGGUGUGUCGUCUCCAGCAACGGUUACCAAGGUGGCAACGGUUGCCAUGGCGUCUCCCACCUCAGAGAGGAGAGAUGACAAUGACUCUGUGAGCCAGCUGGGCCAGCGGAGACCGGACAGGGACACGACAGGACCAAGACAAGGAAGACCUAGCUUUGCCUGUGGUGGGGGAGACAGAGGGGGGAGAGGAAGAGAAAGCCCCUCUGCUGAUGGCUCAGGUAUGGGGGCGGGACUAGGGGUGUGUGGCUCGGCCAAAGCAGCCAGCGGAUUGGUGGAGAGCCUGAAGCUGAUGAGCCUAUGCCUGAGUUCCCAGUUCCACAGCCUGACAGGUGGGGGAGGAGGGGUAAGGGGGGGGAGCUUGGACCACCAGGACCAGCCAGUGUGGAGGAUGUGUAUGGGGGGUUCUACAGGCAGCCUGGAUAAGGUCUCUCUCCUGGGGGGUCCGUCGCCCGGAGGGACCCACCACCUCCAGCACCACCCCCUUGACCAUCUCUCCGACCCACAGUUCGAGGCCCCGUCCUUGGGCACACUGAGGCUGAGUGAGCUGGACCUGGCCAGGGAGCACCACCGGAACCUGAAGAACAGAGUGCUACAGAUGCCUCUCAGUGAUAAGACUAUGUCAGUCAAUAUACACAGGAGCCCCAAAGAGGGUCUGCUCUGUCCCCCUUCACCUCACAGCUGCUGCCAAGUCAUAUAGACCACAUCUAUCAUCCUCUCCUAUCUCCCCCCCUUCCUGAGAUGGAACAACAUACUUAAAGUUGCCACAAUGACAAUCUUUAGUUUAUCCAUGUUUGUAGACAAUCAUAUUUAAGUUAUUUUAAUGCUGACUGAAAAUAGUUGGGGACAUGACCUUGUGUUGUGAAUGAAAUGAGAAGUUUAAAAGAUAGUAUCAUAUUAACCAUCAGGGCAUCCGCUGUAGUUGGUUGAAGUACAGUAUGUUACAACUACAUUAUAUGGCGUCUUCUCUUCACAGUUUCUGUCGUUAGUCUUGGACAGACACACACACACACACACACAAUCUCCAUUUGUGACUGUAAAUAUGUGUAAAUACAAAGUAGUACUUUAGUAGUACAGUACUUCUAUUAGCAGUGCUUCCAGUAGAGCUGUGAUGAGUUCUAGUCAGACCCUGACCACUAGCAGGGUUGGGCUCAAAUCCAUUUAAAUUCAGUCAAUUCAGACUGAAUUAUGUCAUAAAGAAGCAUUGAGGAAAAUUGGACUUGGAAUUUCAGUUUACUUCCUUAAUUGACUGAAUUGAAUUGGAAUUGACCCCAACCCUGACCACUACAUACCCGUAGAGUGUUCCAAGCCAAGACAUUAACAGUAUCACCCCUGCAAGUGUUGCUCUGUUGUGACGGUGCUUGACAUAUUCUUGUGUGCUAUCUAACUAUCUAAGUAUGUAGAUGCCAGUGCAUGUGUUCUAUUGUACAAGACGACUUCUAGAGUUUAAACAUCCACCUGGGGACUGUUCCAGAAAUCAGGAUCAAUGAAUUAGCCAGCUAACUGUCCUAAAUAUUCUAAAAUAACUUAUUUUCUAGAAAUAUAGAUUUGAAAUUAGCAUGGUGUAAUUGACUUGACAACCAACAACAGAUAUUCAAGUUUAGCUUUCAAAAUGAACCAGAAAAAUUAAGACAUAUAUAUCUGACUGUUUUUAAAGUUAGCUGGCUAACUUAAUGACACUGCUUUCUGGAACACCCAACCUGUACUGCACUAAGACACUGUAAUGGCCUAAAACUAUGUCACUCUGCCUCACACAACAAAUUGUACAACAACAACAACCACAACAAUGUAUAUGCCAAUAGAUAUGUAUUGAGCCUAAUGUACUGUACUGUAUGUAUAUGGUAAUGUAUAAAAAAUAAACUGUUGUGAAUAAGAAUUA